UUGAGUUUACAGUGCUUCGUAUCUUGGUGGCCAUAGCUUGAUCCACGUGACUGUGAAACUAAUGCAACGGCAACUUUCCCGCGCAGCAACGUAGCCGCAAUGCGGCAUCUGCAGGUUUUAAAAACCCUUGAAUCGAUUCUGAGACAGCCUCACGCAACAUAUAUCCAUUUAUCUCAGGAUUAUACCUUCGAUACGCGCAUACUACCUGAUCAUAGAUCUUACGACCGAGAAUGUCGCCAUCGAGCGAUGCACCCAAAAUUUCCAUGAAGGGUUUCUCCUUGGGCGCAACGUCCAAAACUGGGGCACCUCCUAAAUCUAGUUUAGGAAAGCGACCUAGAAACUCUUUUGCGCACGAUGAUGAAGAUUCAGAGGAUUCGGAAUAUGGCACAAGUACGAGAAGAGGAAAACAUGAGGCCGUUACUGGCUUUGUGGAUGGGGAUGUAAUUAAAGAGGGGAAGAGAGAGGUCCUGGUUAUUCCGAAACAAGAGAAUAGGGAUAGGGGAAGGAAAGGAAGAAGGCAGGAGCGGAAGGAAUCCGGAGGAGAAGCUGGGAAAAAGGACUGGAUGGGAAUGACGUGGAGAUCAAAUGGGAUAACUGUGAAGACCAAGAUGGAGAUCAAAUGAUGAAGAUGACAAAGCAGCAGAAAGUGGAAAGUGGAAAAGAAAAAGGAAAACAGAAGACCGGCUUGGAUUCUUUGACCGGCUUGGAUUUGAUUAUCCCUUCCGUAAUUGGAAAUGAAGGUGGCAAUGAACUGGCUAUGGGAGAAGAUGCGUAUAGGAAAGCUAUUGCAUCAGCACCUGAUGUUUCAACAUUAGAGGAUUACAAGGCUGUACCGGUGGAAGAAUUCGGAGCGGCGCUAUUACGAGGGAUGGGCUGGGAUGGUGAAGAGAGAAAGGGUGGUGGAAAGGAGGUAAAGAGGAGACAGAAUUUACUAGGCCUAGGAGCAAAAGAACUAAAAGAUGCAGAAGAACUAGGGGCUUGGGUGCAGAAGACUGAUGCUAAAAGAUUACGACCUGGAGGGUCGUCUUAUUCACGUAGAGGGAGUGAUAGGGAUAAGAAGAAAAUGGGUGAUUACGCUAGGGAGAGAGAUGAAAGAAGCUAUCGUAGAGAUAGAGACGAGGGUCGAGACAGAGAAAGGGAAAGGGACAAAGAACGUGAUCAUAAUAGGUCAUAUAGGAGGGACAAGGAUGAUUAUAAAGACCGCAGGAGAUGAUGCAUCUGCUCGGACGUGUGUCACAUUAUCCGCCCCACACGAGAGUCGUGUACGGCAAUAGCAUGUGGGCGGAACGAAAACAAACCCCGAUUUUCCUGUGGUAUCGCAAUUUUAUGUUGUAGAACAGGUUUCCGGCAGGCCCGGAGGGCGGAUGGACGGAAUAACUUGAUAUGCUUGCUUUCUCACUGUUACAUUUUACCUUUGGUUGACGACGAACCCCUCUUAAUUGUUACAUUUUACCUUUGGUUGACGAUAAGGCCCCUCUUAAUUGUUACACUAUUGAAUUUUUCCAGAUAGCAGAUUCAGGGAAUAACUUGAUCUGGUUGCUUUGUUGCUAUUACGUUUUACAUUUUACCAUUGAUUGACGAAAUCACC